AUGUAUGUCCUGUGUCAUCUUCCAAGUGUCUCCACCUCCAUUCGCCGUCCUCCUCUGAAAGUGUCCUGUUCUAUGUGAUCUGACUUCAUCGAACAAGAGUGACUGCAGGAACAGGGAGUCAUCUGCUAGUGUCAGACAUGGCUGCUCCAGUAAAGCUCAGAAUUAUCCUCGGGGAAAACAAUUCCCAGAGACUUACCCUGCAAGAUGGAAUUCCAGAUACGGUUGGUGAACUUGUUCAGCACAUUAAGAGUCAGUGUGGGGCAGAUGCCCAUUUCAGGCUGCAAUUUAUGGAUGCAGAGUUUGGCAAUGAAUUUACCAACUUGACUUCAGUGUCAGAGAUCCAGGACAGAAGUACCUUAAAGCUCAUCUUUGAUUCAGCUGCAUCUGACCUGCCUGGUGGCUCUCUACCCCCUCAACCCUACUCCACUCCUGGCCCAUCAUGGUCUAGUAACGAGCCACAACUUUCAUCCAGUAGCUCGUAUGAUGCAGACAUUUUGUCUACUCCUGAGUCCACCCCUUCACGGUCCUCUGGAUGGCCUGUUGUUUUUCUUGUGCCCCGUUUCCCAUAUGAUUGUGAGCUACAGCUGGACAAAGCUAAUGCUGCAUUCAAAGAAAGCGGAACUUUUUUUAAUCCAGAUAUUAGACUUAAAACUGCCGUUCUUGACGGUUUAGCCGAAGCAAUUGUUCAGUACAAAGUGUACCCCUCAGACAGUGAGUUUGAAGAGGUUGCUAAAGCCCUUGUCACAUCCCAUCCAUGUUUGAAAGAACCAGGCUCUGCUACUGGAUAUAGUGGCUGGAAGGUGAGCUUAAAAUACAAACUUGCCAACUACAGACAGAAGCUAAUGUGGCUUGGAUGCCCAGAGGUUGAACUGAAUUCCCUCACAAAUAAACCUGCAGACAAAUGCAAUCCUGCUUAUGGUGUGAAGAAGCCCAGGAAGGCCGAAGUGAACUACUGCCCCACCUACCCAGCUGGUGAAUCUGCAGAGACACUUGAAAAGAUAAGAGAGAUUAGAAGCAUUAUGAUACCCAUAACUCAGGUAUGAUAAUGGGGGAUAAUGGGCUUGAAAUUUAAAGAGGUAAUGUAAGAGGGAGGGAGAGACAUAAGACUAGAUUGAGAGGGCAUAUAGUACUUUCUCUGAGAAGGAUCUGAUACAAUAUGCAAUGUUGGGCAGAUUUGACAAUGUCCACUGAAGUUAUAAUGGUAGUUACUGUUUCCUGGGACCACAUAAAUGCUUUUAUUUUACAUAUUUCUUUGAUUAAAUGUAUUGCUUGGACUGUGCUGUGCUUUUAACCAACAUCAUUGAAGGUUCCUUUAAUUGUGAUUUGAAAGUUACAUAGUAUUGAUGCA